AUGCGGCCAUGGCAGUCGGCAAGGUUGAGCCCAUUCGAUUGGCGGCGGGGAUCCGGCAGCGGAAUCGGCUGCAUCAUGGCCGCCCAGCCAUUGAGCAGCACAUCGGCGGCAACAUCUGCGGCAACAACGGGAGCAACAACCGUGGCAACCGGUUCGGCCGGAGCCACAACGGCGACCCUGGCCGCUUCCACAUCGACGGCAGCCUCAUCCGCAUCGGGAGCAUCCGCGGGAGCCACGUGGAUGCAGCAACACCACUCCCAACUGGUGGCGGAUGGGGAUCUGGAUCUCCAGGCGAACGGCACCGAUGCGUCGGCGGGCGUUGAGGGCCCCACAAUGCCGGCCGGCUACUUGCCGCUCUACGAGGAUGUGGAAACGGCGGCGGAGGACGCCGGCUAUGCGCUGAUCGACGACAUCAGCGAGUGGCUCUUGGGUGGUUCGGUGGGCAGUGGUGGUGGUGGUGGUGGUGGUGGGGCAGGGAACAGUACGACCUUGGCGGUGACAGCCGGUGGAGGCGCCAACGAAACGCUGGGCUGGCUGGAAGUGCUGAAUAGCACGCUGCCGAGUUCCCACCGCAGUGGCGGCCACCACAACACCAGUUCGGAGGUGGAGGCGUCGGCGGAGGAGGCGGCGGAGGGGCGUGGCCGGGGGCGGUACGCCUUGCGCAGCUUUGUGGAGCAACAGCUGGCGACGGGUGGCGAGGGGGCGGCGGGCGGAGCGGCCGGUGGCGGCGGCGGCGAUGCUGGCAUCGCGCUGAUCGACAGCGGCGAGGAGGCGGCACUGGACAACGUGGCGGAUGCGGAAACGGACUACGGCCUGCUGGGCGGCUUUGGCUUCGGCGAUGCCGAGCUGCUGCAGCGGACGGCGGCGGCGGCCCGGGAAACGCUCAGCAAUCGAACGGCGCCGGCCAUCACUAGCUACGAUGGAGGCGGCUCUGGCGGACUGGCUGGAACCGGAGGAGCCGGGGUCGGCGGAGGAGCAGGAGGAGGAGGCAGAUCAGGGGGCAGCACCUUUAUGCUGCUGCUCGAAAACUUUAACGAUUAUUUUCCCAACUACAAUGGGAGCACGGUUUCGGGAACAACAACCAUUGCGCCGGGGGCGGGAGCGGGCAUGGGCGUGGCAAUCACCGGGGGAAGGGGCGGCGGCGGCCUGCUGCUCGAGCAGAACCUCACGGGACUGUACCUCGAUGGCUACCGGCUCAACUGCACCAACGAGACGCUCGGCCUCAACCUCACCGACUCGUGUGCCGAGCUGAGAGUGGUGGACCACAACUACUGGGCGCUCAUCCUGAUUCUGUUCCCCAUCCUGACCCUCUUCGGCAACAUCCUGGUCAUCCUGUCCGUGUGCCGCGAGCGCUCGCUGCAGACAGUCACAAAUUAUUUUAUAGUCUCGUUGGCCAUCGCCGAUCUCCUGGUCGCCGUGGUCGUGAUGCCAUUUGCUGUCUAUUUUCUGGUAAAUGGAGUCUGGGCCCUGCCUGACGUUGUUUGUGAUUUCUAUAUAGCCAUGGAUGUGAUAUGCUCUACUUCAUCGAUAUUCAACUUAGUUGCCAUCUCCAUAGACAGAUACAUCGCUGUGACACAGCCAAUAAAGUACGCCAAGCACAAAAAUAGCCGCCGCGUUUGCCUUACGAUACUGCUGGUUUGGGCCAUAUCGGCUGCCAUCGGUUCGCCGAUAGUUUUGGGCCUCAACAACACGCCCAAUCGCGAGCCCGAUGUGUGCGCCUUCUACAACGCCGACUUUAUACUCUACUCCUCGCUGAGCAGCUUCUAUAUACCCUGCAUUAUCAUGGUGUUUCUCUACUGGAACAUUUUCAAGGCCCUGAGAAGUCGGGCGCGGAAGCAGCGGGCGGCCCGCAAGCCCCACCUAUCGGAGCUCACGGGCGGCAGCGUCAUCGAGAACAUCGCCCAGACGCGCCGCCUGGCGGAGACGGCGCUGGACAGCAGCCGGCAUGCCAGCAGGAUAAUGCCGGACGAGGCGGCCACCAACACGGCCAGCGGCUCCAACGAGGAGGAGGACGAGAAUGCCAUUUCGCCGGACAUCGACGACUGCCACGUCAUCGUGAACGACAAGUCCACCGAGUUCAUGCUGGCCACCGUCGUCGAGGAGACGGGCAACGUUGUGGCCCAAAUCACCACACAGCCGCAGUUGGUCGUCGCCGAUCCGAAUGGUAAUCAUGAUUCUGGUUAUGCAGCCUCAAACGUUGACGAUGUCCUUGCAGGCGUGGCGCCCGCCUCCGUCGCCUCCGCCGCCACAUCCGGCGCCCAGCGGAGCAGCGGCUCGCCGCCGGACAGCCCGCUGCCCAGUGGCGCCACCCUCCAGCGGUCCAGCGUCAGCAGCCAGCGGCGCCCCACCGCCGACGACUCGCCGAAGCGCGGCGAUCCGACUCUCAGGUCAGUCGGUGUCGAUAACUCCAGCGUCGCCAUGAAGCCAUUGUCCUUUGUCCGCUACGGAGUGCAGGAGGCCAUGACUUUGGCACGCAACGACUCAACGCUAUCGACCACAUCGAAAACGUCCUCGCGCAAGGAUAAGAAGAACUCGCAGGCGUCAAGAUUCACGAUAUACAAGGUGCACAAGGCUUCGAAAAAGAAACGCGAAAAAUCGUCGGCGAAAAAGGAACGCAAGGCUACCAAAACAUUGGCCAUUGUUUUGGGUGUCUUCCUCUUCUGCUGGCUGCCCUUCUUCAGCUGCAACAUCAUGGACGCCAUGUGCGCCAAGUUCAAGAAAGACUGCCGACCGGGUCUGACGGCCUACAUGAUGACCACCUGGCUGGGCUACAUCAACAGCUUCGUGAACCCGGUGAUCUACACGAUAUUCAAUCCCGAGUUUCGCAAGGCCUUCAAGAAGAUCAUGCACAUGGGGUGAUUAAACAAGCGAAUAGCAAUAGCAACUGCAAGAAUAUCCAUGAUGGAUGAUGAUGAUGAUAAUGAUGAAAUAAUGAUAUGCCAAAUGAAAGCCAUCGAUGCACAAGAGAUCUCAACCGUUGUGCAUGGGGCUUUAGAUUCGUUUCGUUUGUCGUUCGUUGGCUUCUCCAAUAGCAUUAAGGUUCAGCUACUUAUGUAAAUAGAUCUGUAUAUACCUCUAUUCGGUUAGGCCCAUCCAUAUAUCCCGAGAGUCAGAGCUGUAGGCUAGGUACAAUUUUUAACAAUUACAUUAAGCUAAACCUAACUAGCGAUAUAAUCAAGACAAAACACAAAGGACAAAAGACACACGACAACACACAGUAAACACGCGAUUAACAUAAGUUACGCUUUAACAGGAUAAUGUAGUGUUCUUUGUAGGCUGCUCCCGAAAACCUAUCACAUAUCAUGAGCAGCAAGCUAUUACCAAACACCCACCCCCACCACACAGCCCCCAAUAUUUGAUUAGAUAAGAGUGUAUUCAAGAAAUUCAUAUCCUUGAAGGUUCUGCUGGCGAUUGUGUCGUCGGUACAUAGAGUUAGUUAGUUAAAUCAUCAGAGAUAAGGUAGAAAAGCGGGCCUUGAGGUCGGCGCCUUCCACCACAGACACACAUCACAUGUACGAUGGGUUUCCGAUACAAAAACAAAAAAAGAAAUGGUCGAUUGGGAAAUGGAAAUGGAAACCGAACCGAACCAUUGGAGAAGUGACACGCACACACACACGAACAGACACCAUAAAUCAAAUGAGCCCCACAAAUGAACACAAUAUCGAGGGGCGCCGACCUCGAUGCUAAAACCCGCUUAGAGCUCACUUUUCGUUCGACUUUCAGUUCAUAGAGAUGAUAUAUAAGAGCAUUUAAGAUCCAGAGGUCGUACCUAGGCUAGUCACUUAAUAUAUAGAUCUAGGACUCAUUAUAUAUCGCAUAGUACCAAGGGGGGUAGGCACUAUAGGGGGCCUGGGGAUGCAUAGCAAGGAGGGGGAGAAUCAGGGUAUCUAGAGCAAAGGCUAUCGCAUUGCUAGAAGCAAUAUGCGGGGAAAAUCAGAGAAAUCAGAGCUCCUAAUCGGAGCGCUACCAUAGCAGAUAUACUCAUCGGUUUAAGCGUACGUACGUGUAUAGUGAAAUAUCAAAACUGAGUUUUGAAACACGGACCAAGGCCUUUGGUCUGCCGAAAGGACUAUCUGAAAUCGGCAGGGGCGAAGGCGUUUGGUCCCUGAUUUCAACAGCCGUCCUCUUAACUGUUUCUAUGUGACAAAUAAUUGAUAGGUAAUUACUCCUACUACGUGUAGUAGUUUAUAAAACAAUUCCAUUUAUAGUAUACAAGUAAGCUUAGGCGUAAGCAGUGUCCCCCAGCUCACAUUUCCAGGAAAAGCUCAAAAGUUUUUAUACUUUCCUAAAAACUAAAAAUUAAAAACCAAAAACUCCAAUACAGAUAUAGAGUCGCCGUGUGUUUGAGUGACUGCUUGAGUAAGUGCGUGUGUUGGUGACUGCUUGUUUUUUUGUCUAAAGUUUAGAACUCUAGUCGAUAAGUUUAGGCUAAGACUAUGGAAACAGUUCAACUUUCAGAUCAGUGCGAAAUGCCCUUAAGUUAGGUUCUUCCAAAGGAAACGCUUAUUAAUUAUAGCUAAUUGGUAAUUUUUGCAAUUUGAACAAACUAUUUAUACGUACACACACACACACAUACACACACGUUUACUGUUGAUUUAUCAAAAUUGUAGCCUGAGUUUUUAAAUCGUUGAAUUGUUGUCUGUUAUCGUUAAUUUGUGAAUGAGAUAUAGCAUAGUUUUAAUGACCCUCCGUAGCGAGAUCUCUCUACCAAUAAAGCAUAUAUAUAUACGAGUUUGUAAAAUAACUGAAAUGGAAACAUGGAAACUGGAAAACUGAAAUGAAAAUGAAAACUAUUUUAAAGAAAUGGCAAGAAAUUUGUGGUUUUUUUUUCUAGAAAAUUAUGAGAAUUAUAAACUAAAUGAAGAACGUAGGCUAAGCUCUAUGAAAAGCAAACUAUUUCAAAAAUAAUUAUCAUAGCUUACGGAAAUAAUAAUAGCGAAUAACAACAAUAAUGUAAUGA